AUGAGCAUCUUAUGUUGGAACUGUCGUGGGCUUGGGAACCCACAGACAGAUCAAGAGUUUGGUGACUUAAUCCAAGCACAAGAUCCCUUAGUCGUGUUCCUAGCCGAAACAUGGCUUGACAAAGUUAGGCUGGAGGAAAUAAAAGUUCGAUACAAAUUUAAAGGGUUGAUAGAAGUCUCAAGAAUAAGUCGAGGAGGAGGGGUGGCUAUUUUUUGGAAAGAGGAGUGUAAUAUCUCCCUAGACACAUAUUCCCCCAACCACAUUGAUGUGAUCUUGAAUAAAGGGUUGGAAGAUGAAUGGAGGUUUACUGGGUUUUAUGGAGAGCCAGAUACUAGAAUUCGCAACGAGUCAUGGGAUAAAUUGAGGAGAUUAAAAAAUAAAUUCACCCUUCCAUGGUUGUGUGCGGGUGACUUUAAUGAAAUUUUGAAGGCAGAUGAAAAAUUGGGUGGAAGACUUAGGCCAAUUAGACAGAUGGAAACUUUUAGGGAGGUUCUUGAUGAAUGCGAGUUUAAGGAUUUGGGUUAUGUGGGAGGGAAGUACACGUGGUAUAGAGGUUCUAGAGGGGGUAAUACAAUAUGGGAAAGGCUUGAUCGUGCAGUUGCUACCAUUGAUUGGAUAGAAAAGUUUCCAGUAACAAAGGUUGUGCACUUAGAAUGUGGUUCCUCGGAUCAUAAGCCACUGAUCAUCCUUCUAAAAGGGGUCCAAAUGAAGCACAAAAAACCAUGGAGCUUUGAGCAUAUGUGGUUGGAGGAUGAGAGGUGUGGUGAGGUUGUGGAUCUUGCUUGGAGGAGGGUUUGUCCAGGUAACCCGAUGGUCCAAGUGGAAGGUAAAAUAAAGGUGUGUCAGGCAAAGCUUAAACAGUGGAGCCGAACCUCCUUUGGAAAUAUUACCAAUGCACUAAAAGAAAAGAAGCAACAACUACGGCAGGCAAAACUGAGAGCAAUCAGGGAGGGUACAAUGGAAACGGUGAAUCGGUUGAAAUGGGAGAUAAAUGGCUUAUUAAUAAAGGAGGAAAAGAUGUGGAAACAAAGGUCAAGGGCUUUGUGGUUACAAGAGGGUGAUCAAAACACAAAAUUUUUCCAUAAUAAGGCCUCACAUAGAUAUAAGAGAAAUAGAAUUGAAGAAUUGAAGAAUGAGGCGGGAAUGGUGUGCACAGAUGAGGAGGAGAUAUCAGGGAUUUUGAUAGAUUACUACCAGAACCUUUUUACCUCGGCCUCACCAUCAAACUUGGAAGAAGUUCUGAUGACAGUCCCCACUGUUAUUACGGAGGACCAGAAUGCAAUGUUAGAUGCAGAGUUUGUCUAG